GAUUGGACCGCAUUUUGCUCCUUUCAUAAAACUUCACAAGUGUCACUGUAUUACUGUCAGUGUAACACCUAAUCUUAGUUUGUGGACUUCAUUCAGAAUUCUCUUCAGAAUGACAGAGCCUGAGGAAGCUUGCUUGAAAGUAGCUGGAUCGGCGUUUGCACAGCAUCCAAAUUGCUCACUGAGGUUUUCAGCCUUUGCAAGCGUUUGCUGAAAGCUGGGUAGGGAAUAAAUGCCGUGGUGUUGAUGGGCACAGGGAUCCCUUGGCAAUAUGGACCCCAAAAAGAUGCCUUGCAAGCAGUCAGCAGCAUUGCUGUUGCCCGGAAGGGAAUGCCAGUCAGAACCACAAAAAGCAGUCACCGAUUGCCCAUCAACGACAAGUUGUGAAGUCUGAGCUUUGAAUUGUGCUCUUAGAAAAAGCUCUCAAGGCAUUGGGGCACUGAUACAACCAGGGACAAUGGAUACAACUGAGAGCAAGGCCAGCAGUUCAAGAGCUGCUCCACCUCAAAGCGGAGACGUUGCAAUUGUCGUGGACAAGAGCCCCCACUUAAGAGCAGGGGAGAAGGAAGAGUUGCGGGAAGAGGCUGCGGAGCUGCUCGAAGACCUGAACGCCUUUUACUCCCGCUCCCCCGCCAUCACAGAACGAGCAUUGGAACUGACUGCUAGCACUUUGAACCGCCGCAAGAGCUUCGCCCUCAGUCACAGCCGGUUGAGUAACACUUCAGCUCCGGACAGCUCCAGAGAGGACGUUCACACCAGAUCUCAGGGGCCUGAUCAUGGUGGUGAGAAUGGGGCCCCCUCUCAGCCCCUCUUGGCAGACCACCGGCGAAGCGAAAUGCUGGGGCUGGCGGCGCGGUAUGAGAGUUUGUUACAGUCCCUGGGGCAUUCGAAAGAAGCGCAAAGGGUGGCAGAGUUUUGGCAGGGGGUGAAGGAGGUCUCUGCGGCCAAUGGGGUGGCGCCAGGUGGCGGCGCCCAGGACGAUGCGGACCUGCUGACAGGGAUGGAAGCGUUGCUGAAGGACGGGCUCGUGCGGUUCCUGAUGACUGUGAAACCGUUUCUGCCACCCUUCCCAUCCCAGAUUGUAAAGUUUACAGACGUGAAGUACAGCACCCUCCUCCCCAUCGAUGACACACCUUAUGACGACAUGCUGACCAAGUUUGUGCCGUGUCUACGAAAGAAGGUCCCUACAGAGCGAGUCCCCGUUCUCUCAGGUGUGACCGGGUAUCUGAUGCCUGGUUCCUUGACGCUGUGCCUGGGGCCCCUCGCCUCUGGGCAAACCGCUCUGACCAAGAUCCUCGGGGGGCGUUCCUGGGUGGACAAGAAGACGUGGCACCAGUCGGGCUGUGUCACGUACAACGGGAAGAACCUGCGGGAGGUCCAGAUCUCGAGGUUGGCCUCGUAUGCGGGCCCGUAUCCCAAUCAUCACCCGGCGCUUACAGUGCGCGAAACGCUCGAGUUUGCACGGGACUGCUCCCAAGCCUUCAAGCCGUGGCACAGCGAGGACUUGCAAGAGGCUUUGGGUCUGCCCAAAGGCAGCAAGGCCCGGGCCGACGCCAAGACUGACCUGAUCAUCAAGGUGCUGGGCCUGAAGGCGGUGGAGCACGUUCCGGUCGGGGCGCUCACGCCGGACGAGCUCCGGCGGCUCAGCAUCGGGGAAAUGCGGGCGGGGACGUAUACCGUACACUUGCAUGACGAUGUUGGGGUGGACUUCGACCCGGCCCUGGCUUUCGACAUUGUGUCCAUGCUCAAAGCCACGUCCCGCGUCUUCCAAACCGUCCAAUGGGUCGCUUGCGACAACCUUUCAAGCGAGGUCUACAACCAAUUUGAUCGGGUGGUGGUUCUCAAUGGUGGGCGCAUCGUGUACCAAGGUCCCCGCCUGGACGCCCUGCUGUACUUUGAGCGACUGGGCUACUUUAAGCCCCAGCACGUGGAAGUGGCAGACUACCUCAUGGAGGUCACCACUGCCGACGGUCAUCAGUAUUUGCGGCCAGGAGCGCAGGCGCUCGACGUCGACGGGUUUGUAGCUGAGUACGAACAAAGCCAACUGUACCAAGACGUGCGUCGGAUUGCGGAAAGUGAGAAAAGCAGGCACGUGUACUGGAUGAAGCUGACGGACCCUAGCCAGGUCGCGUUUGAGGAUGCUGACGUGUCAGAUGACGGAGGAAAGACCAUCAAAACGCUGCCCGCCAUCUCAUGGCUGGACGACGCCCUUGUCAGCGAGUGCAGCCUGGACCGGACGUCCGAACCGCACCUUGGCGACGUGGUGUCCGGCGUCCGGAUCGGAAAUGAGACGUUCCGCUACCUGGCGGUGGGCGACCACGACUCCAGCGCUGCGGGCUUGAUGGUCGCCCUCAAGGGGGCGGAGGGCGACGUCUGGCUGCAGCUGGAACGGCCGCUCUCGAAGGUCGACGGCGUGCUGCCACGUCAGUGGACGCAGAAAUACGUACAGCCGUUCUGGCCGUCCACGAGGCGCGUGCUGCACCGCCAGUGGCUCGUCACCAUACGCAACAAGACGGCGAUCAAGGCGCGGCUUAUCCAGGUGAUCAUUUUGGGCAUCUUUGCGGGCACGUUGCUGUACCAAAAGUCGCUGCGGCCGCCGACCACCGUUCUGCUGGGCCUGCGCAAGGCGGCACCUUUCAUCGCCAUCCUAGUUAUCUUCCUGGGCGCGCUCGCGCAAGUUCCUGGCCAGAUGGUUGAGCGCGCCAUCUAUUACAAGCACCACGCGCAGGGCUUCUACCGCGCCUCCUCGUACGUGCUCGCGGCGUUCGCCUGCAACGCGCCCCUGGUCGCCAUGGAGAAUAAUCCACAAGACCCCAGAAACUUGACCUCCCCUAACCCGGAGGUUCUGGUGUACGGCUGCCUGCUCUACUUUCUGACGGGCGGCAGCCUGUACGACCACUGGGCGCCGAUCUUCGUCUUCCUGGUGCUCCUCUACAUGUCCGGCACCAUCGGCGCGUCCAUGGUCCGCAUGCUGACGUCAUGCCUAGAAUCAGCGGCCGCGGUCAACCAGAUUGCAGGUAUUUUGAUUGGUCUCUUCAUUGUCUUCGCCGGUUUCCUCAUCCCCCUACACAUUAUGCCCAACUGGUGGUUCUGGUUCUACUACCUGUCACCGAUGCAAUGGAUAAUCACGGGGCUCAUGAUCAACGAGUUUCGCAGCGGCCGCUACGACCAGAUCUGCGGCGACUACCCGCCCGCGCUUCUCGCUGUGCUGCCGUAUUGCCGAGGCGCAAAUCUGAACAAGAGCGUGGGCGAGGCGUAUCUCGACUUCAACUCAAUUCAGUACCGCAAGUGGUGGCUCGGAAUCUGCUUCGCGGUGCUCGUGGUGUUUGUACUGGGGUUCCAGUUCCUGGCGUGGCUAGGGCUCAAGUACGUCAGCUUCCCGGAGAAGCUCAACCAGCGCAUCUCGCUCGCCGGCUUCCUGCAAACGCGGCGCUUCGGAAAAAGAGCAGAGGUACCACAGCCGACUGAAUGGCAGACGGUGCAGCCCCCUAAAGCCAACGGCUCAGAGCACGCGGGCCACACGGCAGAGGCGCUUGUGGUCAAAGCGGCCGCGUUGCCCGCCUUCCAGCCCGUCACGCUGUCGUGGCAUGACGUCAGCUCCGAGGUGCCCAUCCCCAAUUUUAAGGACCCGCGAGUCGUGCUGAGCCACGUGUCAGGCUGGGCCAAGCCCGGUACGAUGACGGCCAUCAUGGGCGUGAAGGGGUCGGGGAAGACGGUCCUGAUGGACAUUCUGGCCGGGAGGAACACCCCGGGCAGGACCAAGGGCAGCAUACUGGUGAACGGCUACCCCCGCGACGUGGACACGUUCCGGCGGGUUCGCGGUUACGUGUCGCCUUCGGACGUCCACCCGGCGUACGCAACCGUCCGAGAGUGCGUCCAAUUCAGCGCCAAGCUGCGGCUGCCGCGGAACACGACGCCCGAGAAACGAGAGGCGCUCGUUUCAGAGGUUCUAACCCUAACCGGCCUCGCGGCCAGCGCGGCCCACCUGGUAGGCACCCCGGGCACCAACGGCCUGGACCCGGAGCAACUCCGCCGCCUCUCGUUAGCGGUCGGGUUAGUCACUAACCCCGCGGUUAACUUCGUCGACGAGCCGGACAAGAACCUCGACCCGCAGGCGGCGCGCAGAAUCGUCGCGUGCAAUCACGCGGUUGCCAAGAGCGGACGGACCGUAAUUUCGACGCUGAACCACCCGGUGGGACGGAUUCUGGGUGUGUUCGACCGGUUGUUGCUGCUGAAGAGGGGCGGGGAAACGACCUACUGGGGGCCGGUCGGGGGGCUCGCGUGCACAGACGCUGUCGGCUACUUCGAGCGCAUCCCUGGCACUCUCCCCUGCGGCUUCAGCGAGAACCCGGCCGACUACCUCAUCGAGUGCAUCGGUGGCGGUCUGCGCCAGCGAACGGACCGCGACUAUUCUUUCGACUACCGCCACAGCGUACUCGCAGCGGAAUCCGCGGCGGAAUUGAGGGUCUUAAGGCGGUCCAAGGGCCAAGCGGGGCCGAACCUGGUAGAGAAGGGGUACGCUGCGCCAAUGAGCACCAUCUACAAAGAGGUACUCUUGCGCGCGCAGCGCACCUACUUCCGCAACCUGUCUUACAGCUUCGGCCGCGUGACGUCAGCGAUCCUGCUGGGGCUCAUCUUCGGGAGCGUCUUCUGGCAGAUGCCGUACACGACCAUCGUGCGCAGCGGCGCGCGGGGGGGCGUCAUAUACAUAAGCACGCUGCUGAUGACCAUAGGCAGUGCGACGGUGGUGAUCCUGGAGCUCAAUAAGGAGCGCCCCGUGUACGACCGGGAGAGGAGCCACCGGAUGUACCCCGCGCUUGCGUGGAGCUUGGGAUGGGGGCUCGCGGAGAUCCCGUACAUCGCGGUGUCGUUCCUGUUCCACUGCGCCAUCCUGUGCUUGAUGACCAACAUCGCCACGGACAGCGCGGCCAGCUUCUUCGAGUUCUGGUUCACGCUCUGCCUCUUCGGGGCGACCAUCGUGUACGCCGCCAUGUUCCUCGCGGUCGCCACCCCCGCCCCCCAGAUUGCGAUCGUCAUUAUCAACGUCUUCAUCAACCUGAUGAUUGCGUCAGCGGGUUACGUCAUCCCCAAGGCGCAGAUCCCCAGGUUCUGGCAGUUUGCCUACUGGAUCAACCCCGCUCGGUACACGCUGAACAGUCUGCGCUCCAUCGCCUUUUACUGCGACACCAAGAGCCGCCAGUGUACAACUCCCGGGUGCGCCAGCAACCCAGCGGUGUGCCCCGCAUGCACCUGCACGCGUCUGAAAGACAACUUCAAUGUCUUCGUGUGGACGUCACAACAAUCCUCCGCCCAACUAGACAACGGGCGGCGCCUCUGGGACUGGAUGGCCUUGCUCGCGUUCUGUGUUUUCUUUCGGGUACUAGCCUACCUGGCCCUUCGGCGGGCCAAGUUCAAUAACAAGUAUUAG